CUAAGGUCUAAGUUUGAAGCACAAAACUUGGACCUGGCAAGACCGAUCGAAAAAAUACCAACUACUAAUGUAUUAUUAAUGACUAAGCUUUCUCUCUCAGUUCAUGUGUUCCUAAAAAUACCUUCGCGUAGCCCCUAUGUGGUUUAAUUUAUCAAUAUUUAUAUUUUAUCCAUAUAUAUUUAUGACAAAUGAAUAAAUAAUAGUCGUUCAGUUUACAUUGAACCACCGAAGAAAGCACAUCACGGAGCGCUAGAAAAGCGGCAAAACUGAAUUAUAUAGUUAUCGGAAAUAAUUUAAUUUUAUUUUAUCCACGCAAUGGGGAGCUUAAGCUGGGCUCUACUCAUACUCAGCGUUUUCUUGGUCCAGAGCACAGCAGACAUUCCCGGCUGCGACUAUUUUGAUACCGUCGAGCUUAAAGCCAGCGAACGACUUGAGAAUGGAUCGUAUCGAUAUAGAAACGUUAUAAUACCGAAAGAGAAAACCGGAAUAUAAGACUACACAAUAUCGUUCGAAGGCAAGACGCAAUCGACCACCAAAUCCUAUACGAGGGGUUGUGUCUGUCAGGUCAAAUCGUGCGUACUUUUUUGCUGUGACCCACACGAGUUCCUUGUUGACGCCCUCUUGAACAUAACCUUGCUCAACGGCACAGAGACCCAGAUAAAUCUACGCAACGACUUUCUCGUACAGCCAGGCUAUCAGCAAUCGUGCGACUUAGUUGCUGUGAAAGACAGCCUGGACUAUCAGUGGACUUUGUUUGAGGAUGGCAUACUGUUCAAGCAUGCCAAUAACCGCAACAUAUAUAAACAGAACUAUUGCCUGGUGCCGCUUGCGGUCAACGAUGAUGUCUACAAAUUUGGUGCACACUUUUUGGACGAUCCGAUAAAAAGCACGAUUACUCUACCUGAUGCAUUGCGAGUUAUUUCAAUAUUCUGUAUGAUUAUUACCGUUGCGACGUUUCUGUACUUGCCCCAAUUUCGUAAAGUGUACGACAAAUGUUGCAUAUGUUACUUUCUUUGCCUAGCCGUUAGCUUUUUGUUGCUGUGGCUCGAAUCGCUCUAUCGUGACAAUAUUACUUCUAAAUUGUUUUGCAAUUCAAUUGCUUACAUUGGGUAUUACACUGUUAUGGCCACAUUCCUUUGGCUCUUGAUGAUCAACUUUACGCUGUGGAAGAGUGUGAAAAACCUUGGCAUUAAGUUUAGGUCGAACUUUAAGAAAUAUAAUAUCUUCGUUUGGAGCGUAGCUGCUGGAUUACUUGGGAUCACACUUUUGGUUUCGUAUCUAUUUGAAAUGGACGAAUCUUUUGACGAGAAUAAUACAAGUCAAUUGCAGCCCACAUUUGGAUAUUAUUUCUGUUGGAUCGAUACACAGGAUUAUUCGGCAAUGAUCUACUAUUAUGGUCCCAUAUUGUUGGCCAUACUUAUCAACAUAUGGCUUUCUAUUGUAACGGCAAUGAAAAUAUAUAAGGAGGACCAGAAUAAUUGCCGCGUGUGGAGUGACGCCGACAGUAGCAGUAAACUAGCCCAUCAAGCCAAUUUCAAAUUUUUCUUCCGCCUAUUCGCCAUAACAGGCGUGGCAUGGCUUCUGGAGAUAAUUGCCUAUUUAUGUUCAAUCAACCAAUUACAAGGAAUCGAGAAUCUUGACAUAAUAACCUCUUCUCAAGGAUGGAAAAACGAAAAGGCGGAAACCCAAUUAUGAGUACCCGCACGAGUGCAAAUGUUGGCUCCUAAACCGAUUUGUUUAU